AUGGAUUGGGAUAACGUAGCUGCUGAGGAUGUGAUCGAGGCGUUAAGAGAAGUUGAAUGGUCGAGUCCUCCUCGUUCGUUCGGCGAGUUCUUCUCUAGAUUCGCAUUCCCUCGCUCUUUCUCUAAAUGGAAAAGCCGUCUCAAAUGCAAUCUCUACUACUAUAGAACGAAUUACUUUAUCCUUGUGAUUUUCGUUCUGGGUAUUGCGCUGAUUACAAGACCAUUGGCUAUUGUUGGUGCUGCUCUUACAGCCUUAAGCAUAGCUUUCCUUAACGACAGUUUUGCAGCUAGUUUUAAUGAAAAGUUUAUAAGGAUUAUUAGGCAAUUCUCCCCACACUUGGCUGCAAAAAUGAGGCCUCCCCACAUGCCUGUCAUCCGUGCGAGAUCAGCAAGAAGAAAGACAGUAUAUGUUUGUGGGAAACCACGAUGGGUAUUCGUGGUUAUUUUCCUAACAGCCAGUCUUGUCAUGUGGUUUUCUUCCUGCGGUUUGUUGUGGGUUCUCUAUGCACUUCUCACUUCCCUCGUUGUAAUUGUUCUUCACGCAAGCGUGAGAACUCCAAACCUCAAGGCGCGCUUGAACACAUUCCGUGAAGAAUUCCGGGCUGUCUGGCAUGAUGGCAGAUACGGCUCAAACGUCAAGGUUAAGAUGGUUAUUGGCUGUUCAUUCGCAGACAGAAUAGAUUCGCUUGAAAUGCUGGAGAUACUUGACCAAGUUACUUCUAAUUGGUGUAGUGAUGCUCAUACGUUUGACACUGUGUUAGUGAUUUGA